UGACGUGGGAGCUGGAGCUGUGCUGUUCCAGGAAGACGAAAAUGGACUGGACCAUCCUACGUGUCUGUAGCAGACUAUUGUGAAAAUGAAUAUCUACCAUCGGAUGGAAACCAGAGUUACCCUAGGUCUCGGAAUAGCAGGGGGCGCUGUUGUUCUGCUUAUCAUCAUCUUCAUCUACAUCUUCUGGUUUGCGAUUAAGGACUGCGCCGCACGAAAGGUAGAAUGCCACUGCAUUGGAUGCUGGUGUGAAGUAAGACGCAUUUACCACGAUAGUGGAUGUUCCCGCAGCGUGCAGGCUGUGAAUUACAGACAUUCGGGAUAUAGCUUGGACGAACCCACGGCAUGGAGACAGCCCGGGACCAUGUCUCAAGAACCGUCCAACGAUAUUCAUCCUAGUGCACCACCCAUUUCACGCAGUGAUGCUGGCCCCAGUGUCCCACCCAUUCCAAACGUGUCUAAGAACCCCGGAGCCCCACCGCCGUCUUAUCAUAAAGCACUGGACAUGCCUAGAACCGCAGCGGAAACAACGCUAGAAGAAAAUCCACCGGGGUAUAGACAAGCUGUUCAAGUGUAUGGCGUUCUUGUCUGAUGCCCAUCAGUGGAUUAUGCUGCCGUGGGCACCCUCCCCUCAAUAUUGAUUGAAAACACAUUUUACUGCAUAAACAACAAAAGGAUUGGGCACAAGUUUGUCAACGCACUAGACCCUCUCGUAUAUUCAAUAUAAUAUUAAUGGCGAAUUAUUUCAAAUACUUGCUUAUUGAAACUUUUUUUUAUUGCUAUAUAGCAAUGAAAUAUAUAAAUCUACAGCGAUAUUCGGUGAAAAGUCAUAUUUUCACUGUAGUUUAUUUACAGUGAAAAUAUAGAAAUCAUACUUAUAAUUGUGUGAUCAAUUCAUAGAGGCUAUUUCAUGUUGGUUUUUUUCGAAUACGAUUUUUAUUGUCAACGAGUGAUGUGUGAAAAUAUGGUUUCCACACAUCACGAGUUUACAUAAAAAUCGUAUUCGAAAAUAUUCUAUUUAUUAUAUACAUCUUUCCUAGUUUUUGACAAUAUGUUUCGCAUUUUUUUUUGUUAAUGUCUUUCGCUGAUCCUAUCGAAAACACGUAACGUCAUGAUAUAUUUCUUCCGGUUGAACCUUUGUUGAAAAUUUACUUGACCAUGGAAUUUAAAAAAGAAAUACGAAUAAAAAGUAUCUUUAUUUAAUUA